CCAUCGCAGAGUUUCCUCCCAACAACAACAACCACACCACUUCUGCUUUCACUGCGCUGCACUGAUUUGAAUAAAUAAAAAACAAAAAAGAAAUGCCGUAGCUCGGUGCCCCUCCUGUGACACCUGGACACAGUUCCGGAUUUAUUCACAGUGACCGCAGCACAAAUCUCCGCAGCCUUCCGCCGACUUCAAACGGGCGCUCGCCCCUGGAGCCUGAUAAACCAACGAGGCACUGCAGCAGGACAGAGGAUUCACUUUGUUCCUAUCAGCUGAGUCAUUCAGAGGGAAAACAAAGAAGAGCUUUGAAGAAAUGAACAUACAAGUGUCAUAAGUGUGCUGAGGAAUGGGGAGCCUGAAGUGAUGGAGAUUCCAGAGGCAAGCCUCGCAGAUGAGCAGGCUCCCACAUCUCCAGACCGAGGACUCCUCCAUGUUUGGCAUUCAGCGGGCCACAGCAGGCAGCUCUGUCCAGAUAGGGUGCUGCUGUCCAGGCCCGUUCUGCAGGUCUCCCUGGGGGAACACCACGGCCUCCUGCUCGCACAGGGUGGUCAGGUGUAUUCAUUUGGAGAGCUUUUAUGGAGGGAUCUGAGCGUCCCCGUGUCUGCUCCGGUGCCAGAGGUCUCUCUGCUGGGAAAGACGGUGGUCCGUGUGGCUGCUGGCGGCUUCCACUGCGGUGCACUGAGCGAGCAGGGUAGCGUCUACAUGUGGGGGGAGAAUACUGCAGGACAGUGUGGGCAAACAGAGAAGGGUACAGUCACAAACAUCACCGUUCCAGAGCCUUGUCCUGUCAGCGUGGUGGACGGUGAGGUCGUUCCUCCAGUGGUGGUUCGAAUUGUGGACCUUGCCUGUGGACGGGAACACAGCCUGGCUCUGUCAGCUCAGAACGAGCUGUGGGCGUGGGGUAGUGGCUGCCAACUCGGCCUGGUCACCAACACCUUCCCUGUGGGGAAACCACAGAAGGUGGAACACUUGGCAGGCAGACAUGUGAUUCAGGUGGCCUGCGGUGCAUACCACAGCCUGGCUCUUGUCCGCAGGUUACCUCCUCAGGACUAUAAUACCCAGCAUGCCCCUAAGAAGAAGGAGCGAGGCCAGUCACCCCACUACUCGGUGACAGAGAGGGAGGAGCUCUCAGCAGUUGAGGAUUCUCAUUACUGCCCACUCGGAGUGGAGUUAACUGAAGUGAUGAAAGGAGAGACGUCUUUCCAAGUUCGAGGACCCAGACGAAGGCUCCGGGCUGGAGCAACAUCAGCAAGCAGCAGUCCUGGUUCUGAUGACAGCAAAUCUAACACUAAACACCCAACCCUUGAAUCUCAGGGUCAAACUGACAGUGUAACAGAGACUGACGGCAGCCCAAAAGUGCACUUGCUGUCAGGCUGGAGAACCAACAAGAACUUCUCUGAAGACCUGGAGUUGCAAAAUCUCCUUGAGGAACUCUCUGAUCAGUCAUUAGAUAAACAAGACACUGACUCACUGAGCAGCCACACCUCAGACGACAGCUGCAUUUCCUCAACUCCUUCCUCUGACCUGCUGACUUCCAGUUACAAAGAUGACUUAAAUACAAAGAGACAAAUGCACAAUAACAGUGGACUGUCUGGGUCACACUCCUCUUCCCCAGUGUGUCUGAAUGAAGUUCGACUCUGUCUGGAGAAGGAAAAGCCGUCCCUGCAGGGACUGAAGAGCUCUAGUCUCACAAACAUACACCAGAAGGGGAAAACGGCAACGAGCAGGAGAAGCUCGCUUCCUGGAACACCCACCCACGGGUCUCCUCGGAGGCGACACCCUUGUGCUUGCAGGCCGUCCUCAGCUGGUGGGGCUCCGGCUGGAGCACCAGAGGAGGCAGAAGAUGGCCUGCCAUUUCUGGAGACAGAGAUUUGGAGCUGGGGCCGUGGCUCUGAGGGACAACUUGGUCAUGGAGAUCAGCUCGCCAGACUCCAGCCUCUAUGCAUCAAGUCUUUAACAGGUGAAGAAGUGAUCAAAGUUGCUGCAGGCUCGCACCAUUCACUGGCUCUCACUGCUCAGUGCCAGGUGUACUCAUGGGGCAGCAACAUGUGUGGACAACUCGGCCACGUGAACAGCCCCGUCACUGUCCCUCAGCAGGCGAAGCUGUCUGAUGGGCUUCGUGUUUGGGACUUGUCAGCCGGUCAGAGCCACACCCUGCUCCUGGCUGAUGGAGACUGUGUGCAGCCAGUCCUGUUGUACUGCGGCCAACAGAAGGAGCCAGUGCAAACUGAGAGGCUAAACCAGAGUGAAAGCUCAAGCAAGAGGUCACCCAACAGAGUGGAGCGUUAUACAGUCAUGCCCACCCUGCUGCCCUUCUGCAUUGAGAUGGGUUACGUUAGCAGUGUGUGCAGUGGAGGUCAGAGCUGUGCGGUGCUGGCAGACCACAAUGUCAUGGGUUUUAUUUCUGCUAUCCACGAGCUGGCCUCCAGAGAGAGGCAUUUGUACUGUUGGUGCAGCAGCGUCAGGAAGAUCCUCCUCACCCCUCUGCGUAAAAGAGAAAGUUUGUGUCCAGUGUUGGGUGAGCAGUGCUCUCAUCUCUUCUUCUCUCUCUGUGAGAGUUUUGUUCAGCUGAGCACCCUGAUUGGCCAACAUGCCACAGCACUCACCUACUUCCUGCAUAACGUGCAGGGCUGUGAUGUCACUACCCUUCCCCUGCUGACACACACAGAGUAUUUCAUUGACACAUACAAAAGGUUUUUUUCUUCACUUGGUGAUUUCCAAGUAAUGGGCGGAUUCCAACCACUUCACAAACUCUCGCUUGAGAGUUUAGGCUUUCGGCAGACUUUGCUCACUCAGCUGUCCGUAUCAGAUCAGUCAGCCAGUGGUGAUGUUGAUCUGGUUUCAAUGUUGUACUGGCCUCUGCAGCAGCUCCACCAGUACAGCCGAGCCCUGCUCAAACUGGCGGCCUGCUAUGAUGUGUUAACUGUGGAGUAUAAGUCCCUUGAUCAGGGUCAUAAAGAUUGCGAGUCCCUGUCUUCAUCACUGCUAAGAAGGAAGAAGGAGGCUGAAACCACCUUCCUGUUCUGGAAGACCCACUCUGGCAAAACUACUGAGUGCCUGCGUCUUCCUAGGCGUCGUGUGGUCUGUGAAAGCAGCAACCGAUCUCUGACUCUGCAGAACGCCGGGCGGUUCUCAAAUCACUGGUUCAUAUUGUUCAAUGACGCCCUGGUGCACACACAGGGUACAAUUCCCUCUCAGAGCUUCUUCUCCACUCAUCACGUCUACCCUCUGACCUGUUUGUGGGUGAAACCGGUCACUGAAAACGGCAGCGGACUUCAUGCCCUCAAAAUAACAUGUCCAGAGGAGAGUUUCACCCUGGUGGCCUCAACACCGCAGGAAAAGAACAAGUGGUUACGAUCUCUUAACCAGACAGUGGAUCAGAUACUGGGCGGCGGAGGUCAGGGGUCGUCACCAGCAAUGACUCGCACGGCCUCCUACACGUUCACGGCAGACGAACGGUUCAAAGAUGGUCAGUACACCGGGAGCUGGUUGGCAGGACGGGUUCAUGGCAGAGGAACCAUGAAGUGGCCGGAUGGGCGACUGUACAAGGGGAACUUCAAGAAUGGACUGGAGGAUGGCUAUGGAAAUUGUGUGAUUCCUAAUAAACUACUGAAUAAAACCGACACCUACCAAGGACAGUGGAGAGAGGGCAAGAUCCAUGGUUUUGGCAAGUACAAGUAUGCAAGUGGCGAGGUGUAUGAGGGCUGUUUCUGCGAUGGGCAGCGGCACGGUUACGGCAUGCUGAGCUCUGGGAAACUGGCGAGGAAUUCCUCCAGUGUUUUUAUCGGGCAGUGGGUCCACGACAAGAAGACAGGAUAUGGCGUCUACGAUGACAUCACAAGAGGUGAGAAGUACAUGGGCAUGUGGCUGGAUGACCAGCGGCAUGGUAGUGCGGUCGUCAUCACGCAGCACAGUGUGUACUUUGAAGGAACUUUCAGAGAGAACAAAAUGAGCGGUCCGGGUUUGCUGAUGUCAGACGAUGACACAGUUUUUCAUGGGGAGUUCACUGACGACUGGACCAUCAGCGGGAAGGGGAUUUUAACCAUGCCUAAUGGUGACAGUCUGGACGGCCAGUUCAGUGGAGAGUGGAGCUCAGGGCUGAAGGUGGUUGGAACGUACACAAAGCCAGGCAUUGUUGAACCUCCAAACAAGGAGAAGAACGGCCUGAGCAGACUGGGUCAGUACGCCGUGCCGGCAGAUCAGAGGUGGAUCUGUGUGUUUGAUGAAUGUUGGAGUCGGCUUGGCUGCGACGCUGCUGGGAAAGGAGAGAGGACAACGGCCUGGGAGAACAUCGCUGUUACAAUAACAACUGCACGACGGCAGAGCCCAGACCUCAGCAGGUCUCAGACCAAAGUCCUGGAGUGUCUGGAGUUUAUUCCUCAGUAUGAAGAACCUGUCACUGCAGCAAACUACGACAACAUACGAAGAUACCUCACCAAGGCAUGUGAGACCCCCCACCACCCUCUAGGCUGGCUGGUGGAGACGUUGGUGACAGCGUACAGAAUGACGUACGUCGGUGUGGGAUCAAACCGCAGGCUGCUCAGGCAGGCGGUCCAAGAAGUCCUGGCCUACCUCACGCAUUUCUACGGCGUCAUCAGGUUUUUAUUCCCAGGAUUACCGGACGAUGGCAGCGUCCUCCCAGAUGCCCCCACCUCUCCAUCUAAGAGCAGACGCAACUCUUACACAACAGGGCAUGGCUGUGUUAUGGUGGUGAGCUCCUCCUCUCUCCUCCUCCCUCUGCUGCUCCCUCGACUCUAUCCUCCUCUCUUUACUCUGUACUCCCUGCAGGAGGAGCAGGAGGAAACUGAGUACUGGGAGCGCAUCCUCCGACUCAACAAACAGCCUGACCAAUCGCUGCUCAGCUUCCUGGAAGUGCAGGAGAAGUUCUGGCCGCUGUGGAUGUCAAUUCUUGGGGAGAAAAAGCAGAUUGUGUCCAGCAGCAAAGACGCCUGUUUUGUUUCUGCUGUAGAAACACUCCAGCAGAUCAGCACCAGAUUCACUCCGUCAGACAAGCUGAUGGUGAUCCAGAAGUCGUUUGAGGAGCUGACCCUGGAGGUGAAACCUCUGCUGCAUGGUGACUUCCUCUGGUGCAUGGAUGAUCUGUUCCCACUCUUCCUUUAUGUGGUGCUCAGAGCCAGGAUCCGAAACCUGGGAGCUGAAAUCAGCCUCAUAGAAGAUUUGAUGGAUCCCAACAUUCAGCACGGAGAGCUGGGACUGAUGUUCACAACACUAAAGGCCUGUUACAUCCAGAUCCAGCGGGAGACGAACACGUAGGAGACAGGAGGAUGCCACGCGCUGACAGGAAGUGCCAUAACCAAACCGAAGCCGCAGCGAGGCUGCAGACGUGCACAGCAAAGGGAAUGUGGGAGCUAAACCUCUGAGCAGGAGGAGGUCUGACCCCUCUCAUUAACUCCACUUUUUUCUAUCCAACAACCUCAGCAGGUCUGUAAACAGUGGGAGCGUAGCGCCCUCUUCUGGACAGGCUGCGACACUGCUCCUUCAUUUUCAAAUGCACUUUGACAUACGUGUCAGUUUAACUUCCAUUUGAGUUUCCGAACUAUUUAAUGAAAAUUUUAUUUUACAGUGUUUCCCUGACUGCUGAAUAUACAGUGUAUAUUAUACCGAUUUCAUCUGCUAACUACAUCAUAGAUGAUAAACAUAACUGUGUUUUAAAGGGAAAAGUCGGUGCUAAUAACUGCAAUAACGAUGUAAAUAUUUUUCUAAGGGUGAAAGAGUUUUCAAAAGGGAUCUUUAAGGCUGUUAAUGCUACGAUCGUUGUUUUUAUUUAGCUGAAUUUGAAUGCAGUGGAAAACCAGGGAGAGAGAUGACGAGUGUGUUCUUGGUAGCAGAUUUUGGAUGAAUACACUGUUGAAGGCUAAUGUGGGCUACAGUGCAGGUACUUACUGAACGUGCAGCAUGUGUCAGCUGCAGUUAAAGUUAAAGUGUGGCUCUAAACCAGAAUUAUGUGCUGCUGCUGCUUUGUGAGGCUGAACGAUUUUUCUCCGUUUUAGCUCAAUUUUAUUUUGAGUGUGAGUGACGCGCUCACUUUUCACUGAGCAGCCGAAUGAGACAGAGCUCGAUCAAACUGGGCAUCCCGCCGAUGCCGAUGCACAUUAACAAACUAAAACUGUAACUCUGACACACAAACAUAACUCUGAUCUCCUACAGCUCUGAUAUUUUUAACCAGGAUAAAGUGACCAGCAGGAUUACUGAUUUUGGUCCUUCGCUGAACAGGAUGAACAAGCUCAGCAUAAAGGAAACUUUCAUUCUUUUAAUCUGAGUGCUUCUUCUCUUAUUCUGUGUUCAUGUUUAAGAAUAUCAUCUUCAGAUCCAGGAACGCCGAGUUUUCUGGGCUUUAGUUUACUUCCACGUUCAGCCGGCGAAAGUGUGCAAAAGGAAUCUGCGUCUGUCAUGUUUUUGUAUCAAGCUGCAUGAAAGGAACAUUUCAGGGUUUUUCUUUUGUUUUGGGGUUUCUGUUUGUGUGUUUUAUUUUGUUUUAUGUUAUUAAGAAAAGCAACUUUGCAACAUUUCCAAAAAGUUUGACAGCAAAGUUCAUGAACAUCUCAAUUCAGAGAAAAUGGUGCGCACAUGCACGUCAUAAUUGUUACUGUGUGUGUUUUAAUGCAGAGCCAGAUUUUUUUUAAAACACAUUUGUCCAGCUAGUUAAUGAAACUUUUAGGUUGUUUUGAUCCCUUGAAGCUGACUCAGAAUAAUAUUUUUUUUUAAUGUUGUGUCCUUGUGUGUUCAAGGAAAAAAA